AUGAAGCCGCAGGCGAGAGCCCACGGACUGAGCGUGAUUCUGGAUGUCCACGCGUACCCUGGUGGCGCUUCUCAUGGUACCUACAACGGAGUCUGGCCGUUGAAAUGUGCCUUCUGGACGGAGAAGUCACGGAUUGGAAGCACGAGUCUGACGCAGAUCGGGCUCUGGAUCGUCGAUAAAAUGGUGCACUGGAUCGAGAAUAUGGACCUGGAGGCGCAAGGCACGAUUGCCGGGGUCACCCUCAUGAACGAGCCCGGUCACAUGAACCGCUGGAAGCAAUUUGCUCCUGACCAGGCCAUCCUGUCCUGGCUGGGAGAAGCAUCAGCGAGAUUUCUUAGCUCACGCCUUCCUGUGGGACUUAAGCUCUACGUGAGCUUGGUCGAGACAGCUUUCCAGGACUUCAAUGGCUUAGCAGUGCCCUGGUACCAGGAGGCUUUCACGUUGGAGGAGCGAAGAACUCGGGUCGUGGCAGAUGUGCACUACUACAUGGCUUGGAACCAUGGCAACUGCGAUGGGCGCAGUGAUGGACUUGGAGCCUACAACUGCGGCGCCGACCCUGCCAAAUAUGCAGGCACGCUGAUAUGUGGAGAGGUUUGA